AUCAUUUCUGUUCUGUCCUCCUCCAUUUAUUCAAACACAAUCAAAACCAACCAAAGAAAUAUUAAGCAAAACUUCCAUGGAAGGUUUGAUUCCUUACCUUCUUCACGCACUCAAGAAAGAUAAGCCCAGAAAUAGCUACAGAAGCUUUUCCGACACCUCCAACAGAAGCUACCACCGCCUUUCAAACGAAUCUAUUCAUAAUUUGGCUGAAGGAUCAUCUCACCGCCGUACUCGAUCAGAGUUUCAACCACCUCCGGCUCUGAAUUUCUUGGAACAGAGAUCGCGUAGCUACAACAACAGAGGUUUUCCUUCGCCGACUUUAAUGGCCGUCGUCGACGAUAGUAAGGACUCUUCUCCUAGUUUCCAAACUUAUAAUUUGGGGAUGGAUGGUUCUUCUGGUAUGAGGAGGAAGAAGAUCAAUCAUGUUUCUAAGUGAAAUCUCUUUAUUACAUUAAUAUAUGUAUAUCAUCAAAUUGAUUUGAUUUUUAUGUGUAAUUAUACUGUUUAUUUAAGGGUAAUGAAGUUUCACUUGCAAUUAA